CAUAUGCGUCACACAGCCGCAGGCAAGUCAUGUAGUCAAUGCACGCCAAGAUGUAAGGCAGCUGGCAACCAGGCGUGCCCACUGCGCUCAUCAUUUUGGUACGCCUCAGCAGACUGAUGCGUCCCAAGACGACGAGAGCAGUAGGGAAGCCAUGGCACGCCAUAUGCCGUUCCAAUGCGAUUCACAUCUUCCUGCUGCACGCACAACUGUGGGUGUCCGCUGACACUGAAACCAUAUACACACGUGUUUCUUUCCCUCUCUGUCUGUCUGCCUGUCUGGACGAAGGAGCGUUCACUCUGCAGUGCCCGACAGGGGGAAACAGCACACGCUGAGGGAGCGUUCUCCCACGGACGACACUCAUUCACGCAAAAACUGUCUGCACACACCCGUUCGUACGGCCCUGCCUUACCCUGCCCCGCCCGCAUCGACAGUCAUCGGCCGUCACUUCUGUUUGGCCUUGUCCCUCUUCCGGAAGGACUCCUUGAUCAUCAGAUACCCAUACAGCAUCGCCACAAGACCUGCACGCACACACACACACACACACAAGCACAAGCACACACGCACACAGAGGCAGACAAGUGCCCAGGACCCACAUACACACUCCGACACCGAUACUUGUCGUGUGUAUGUGCAUGUGUGUGAUUGCCUGGCUGCCUACCCAUGAGUGUGACGCCUGCAAACACGGGCAGUAUGAUGGCGUACUCGCGGGGCGGGAACAGCCGCUGGAUGGGGUUGUCGGACUCCAGGAAAGGCUGAAACCGGCCGACACAAAGGACACGCAUCCACAGGCAAGUGCCAUGGCCGUGCGUCUGUGCAUCUGUAUGUCUGCCUCCGCCAUGCUGUGUACGGCGCCUCUCUCCACUGUCUGUCUGCUGUGUGCCGUGGAUCCUCAUGUCACUCACCGUGAUGAUGGUCCACAGCGUGUAAUACACAAAUAUCGCGCCAGAGAGCACCAAAAGCGCCGCUCCAACCACCUUUGUCGGCCGCAUCUCUC